GCUGAUGUUGAUUGUUUUGUUGAAUUUUCUUAUCGCGUACGGGUUUUUCGUUUCGAUUUAUUUGCUUCGUCCUGACAUCACGAGUUUCUUAUCAGUCACUACUAUCGCCAAAAAGGUAGAAGUGCGCCUAACUGAUAGCAUUACGAACGGAGUGUGCGCAGGCAGCUGAGCCGUGAACGGGCAUUCAAUUUAGUGAAAUCAGUACGUGUUCGAAGAGUGGAAAUGGUUCUUCCAUUAGAAGCAUCAGGUACAAUAUGCGAUAAAUGGCACAAAUAAAACUAGAACCAGUGGAAAUCGACGAUCGGACUAGUGGAAUUGUAACUGCAGCGGUAUCUAUCAUUGAUAUAGGUUUCAGUAGUCCCGCGCUACUGAUGAUGGAAAAUUCCACGAACUCAUCUUGCGUCAUGGGACAGCAAGAUUUGAUGAUUGAUAACGCAGAUGGAGUAGCUAAAGCAAAUGAAAAUGAAAGGAAGCAGCAAGAGCAGCCACAGGAAAAUGAUGGCAAGUUGGCGAUUAUGCCUACGGAGGAAGAUCCGCUGCUGCAGGAAACAAUUAAUGCACUAAUGAACGGAACGGGUGGCAUUGAAGCUGUUAGUGCGACAGGUGUUUCUGAAGGAAUAGAAAGUGAGCGUAAUUACGAAUGUAACUAUUGUGGAAAACUGUUUACUCGAUCGAAUACUCUUUCUUAUCACCUCAAAGUUCACACUGAUGAAAGACCUUACAAGUGUGGAAGUUGUGACAAAGCAUUCCGAGAACAGUACCGAUUAACCAAGCAUCAGCGAACGCAUACUAAGGAUCAACCAGGAAAUGGACAGCAGGAUCAGGAAACGGAACAUUCACAAGAUUCGAGCUUCCAGUCGACAUCAGGCAGAACUGGCGAGGAUGAAGACUAUGCUACAGGCGAUAGUGAACGAUUUUUCAAGAGUUAUGAACUUCAGGAAGGAACCGCCGUAAUGAAAUUGGAACCAGAUAUUUCUCUAACCGUAGAUGGAACCUCGACUAACCCGUCAACUCAGGCGUCGUCGGAAAACGACGUUCGCUAUCAAAUAAUUGAGGAACGUAUCAAAUCACUUCAACGGGAAGUGCACCUGGUAAACCAAAACCUCAACCGAGUUGAAACGAAACUGGACGGACUUACCAAAAUAAUUGCAAUUUUUAUAAACAAAUUUGAUGAUGCGGAGCCGUCACAGUCCAGUUCCUCUAGCAACGCUAAUGCUGCUAUCCCCAUUCCGCUAGUAACGAUGCCGAUGGAAAAUCUACCAACGGUUCAAGCACAAGCCGUACCCUUAUCCAUGGGCCACCUCUCACAGCUUCCAACGCCUCACCAACCUAUUCAAAUAAUAACCCAUCCAGCGCCAAUCGCAGCGGUACAAGUGCAGUCAACACCAAAAACACAAAUGCCGCAGCCCUUUGAAAACGGCACUUCCAACAACAAUAACAACAGCAAUGUUAAUACGUUUAUCAGCACCGGCUGUGGUUCCGGUGUCAGUUCCCUAGUUAGUGGAAAUGAUACAUUCCCUGAGGUACCGGAACUGCCGAUCCGAACGGUAAACGAUUUUCUAGACCUCAACGAUCACUGUACUGAUAAUGAGCAGUUCCUGCUGCAUAUGAUGAUCCGGCUUCAUCAGGAGGUGGAUAGUUCUCAGCCCCAUCAGCGCAAUGUGAAGAAAAUGAUGGAAGCGCUGGUAACCUACGAGGUGCUGUGUCAGUUCAGUUGGAGCGGCAAAUCAGCCAUCAAUGGGCAAUACACAAAGUAUGUCUUCGGGAAUAGCGUGGGUAUUAUCGAUCUGCUCACCAAAACACUGAAUUUGGGUAAAAGCGAUGAAGAGGCGGAGGCUAACCGGAAGCCAAUUUUCACCGCUAUCCAAAGCUUCAUCAAGCACUCGCGGCAAAACAUGCUGCGCGACAGCAGGAAGCGUCGUGAAUCGGGUGGCACGUAUCCUUCAGCACUGGUUAGCACUAUCGAACGGCAGAUUAAGCAGAUCAAGGCGGAAAAAUUGGAUAUUUUCAAUCAGUUCUAAGAAAAUUUAGUGAUUUUCACAUCAGGAUUAAUUAUUUUUUUAUUAAUCGCAAAGGGACAUCAAUUUUACAAAAGUGCUAUAUCGGCUAAGCUGUACGUGCGCCGAACGAUUGUGAAAUAAAUAACUAGGCACUAACAACUACUUUAAUCUAUAGGCACGGAACAGUGUGCAAAACAUACAUCCAUAGUAAUAAACGUUCAACCUUUUUGUCCUAAA